GGUUGAAAGAAAGUUAUUAUUGACACGAUUAAUCCUACAUAUGUCCAACCAAUACAUUCACAUCUAUAUACUAUACUCAAGGAUUAUUCGUUUAUUUUAGUAGUCACGGCACAAGAGCACGGUUGCAUUAAUUUUAGAAUUCAGCAUUUUAUGAAAUAUACCAUACGAAUUUCGUUUACAUCAUUCGCCGCCCGAAUUUUGAGUAUUCUACCGUAAGGUGUGACACAGGAUUAUACUUAUUAAUCUAACAUAUUUGAUAACGAAGCACAAUAAUUUUGUGACAUGUGGCGUACCGUAAACUGUCCACAACGCGUCAUGAUUUUCCUGCUUUCAAUUUUUAUCACUGGUGGGCUCUCUGUCCCAAUUAACAUUGUAGAUAAUCAAACUGCAACGUUGACCAUGCGACCGUUAAGGGAGGGAUCUUUUCGUCCCUCACAGGGAGACAUAAUUGUCCACCGAGUAUCAAAAUCUCGUCAGGAUGGAGCUAUUAAACCCACCAAAAGGGCUGGAAGGCAAUUCAUUAUUUAUGGUGGAUGCUGCCAGGCGACCCUUCGGGGCUAUGGAGAAAAUGGUUGGGAAGUUAAUAUUUUUGGACUUACUUCCGCUGGAGAGAAAUUGAUGAGAUCGGCUUAUCCAGAAAUCGAAGUUCGCGGAGAAGGUGUCACCAUGUAUUUGCACGUGGGCGAGCAGUAUUCACCGGUUUCCACUUUGGAUGCUUAUCGGAAGAGUGUUAGCGAUUCAAUGAGGUAUGUACUUAAGGGUAAACUUUAAUGGGGGCUGAGAUCAUAUCAAAUCUUUCAGCAUUAAGGGCUUAAUUAGCAUGUCAUCGUUUGCAUCACGUUAAAAUUGUUUAAUAUAAAUAUUUGUUAAUACUGCCUCGUAAUAAAAUCUUGAGUUUGCUAAUUAAA